UGGUACCGGCGGCCGCUGCGGGAGUCCGGCCCCAUCCUGGACAUGCCGGUCCCAUCCAGCUUCAACGACGUGAGCCAGGACGGACAGCUGCGCAACUUUAUCGGCUGGGUGUGGUACGAGCGGGAGGCGGCCCUGCCACAGCGGUGGACCCAGGACCUGGGCACCAGGGUGGUGCUGAGGAUCGGCAGCGCCCACUACUAUGCCAUUGUGUGGGUGAAUGGGGUCCACGUGGCAGAGCACGAAGGGGGCCACCUCCCCUUCGAGGCUGACAUCAGCAAGCUAGUCCAGAGUGGGCCCCUGUCCUCCUGCCGCAUUACCAUCGCCAUCAACAACACACUCACCCCCCACACCCUGCCGCCAGGGACCAUCCUCUACAAGACCGAUACUUCCAAGUAUCCCAAAGGUUACUUUGUCCAGAACAUAAACUUUGAUUUCUUCAACUACGCGGGCCUGCAUCGGCCAGUGCUUCUCUACACCACGCCCACCGCCUACAUUGAUGACAUCACUGUAACAACUGGUGUUGACCAGAGCACUGGUGAGGGCUCCUGGCAGGAUCUGCUUUCAGCCGGGCCCAGAGUGGCUCUGCUCCCUGUUUGGAAAGACCCCUCCGGAAAAAGGCUCUCCAGCAUAUCUUAACCCUCAUGG